AGGGAGUCAAUUGACAUUCGUCAUCUCAUCAACCAAAACAGUAAAAAAAAAAACAAGCAGCACAGACACAGAGUACAGGAGCUUUAAGUUUAGAGCUAAAGUAACAAGAGACGACGAGUUCGGUUUCGAGUAAGCGGAAGGACGCAUCCGACGCAUAUUCUAAGUCUGUUCUCAUCGACUCCAUCCCAGCUUUAAAUCCGCGCCCAAAUCAACCGUUCAAAAUGAGCUGCACCUACUCAUGCAACAAACUGAUCCUCUUCACCGUCAAUUUAGUGGUCGCUAUCUGCAGCUUGGCCGUGCUGAUUGUGUGUUCCCUGGCGCUAAUCAACGUACAGCCUCUAUAUGAUCUGCAUAAUAUAACGCUAAAGGUGCCUGUACCCUUGGCUUUGUGGAUCAUCAUUGCUGUGGCAGGAGUAGCUUUCCUGCUGUCCUUCAUAGGUUGUUGUGGUGCCCUCAACGAAAGCAGCUGUCUUCUCUACUUGUUUGCUACGAUUCUGAGUAUCGUACUGGUGGUGCAGCUAGCUGUCGUUGGAUUCUCUUACUACAAGCAAGACGACUUCAAGGCUGAGAUUAACAAUGUCCUCAACUUAACUCUUUAUGACUACCCCAAGAGCAAGGACGGCAUUGUCCGCAAAACCUGGGAUGUCAUCCAAACUGAUUUAAAAUGUUGCGGAAUCAAUGGACCUGAGGACUGGCAGCACAUCUUCAACAAUGAUACUCUGCCCAAUGCUUGCUGUGAGGCUGUCCCUGCUGAUGGUUCUUGCAAUGUCAGGGACGAAGAAUCUUCAGCCUUCAAAACUGGCUGUUUAGAGGUCAUAGUUAGCAAAUUAGACCCCGUCUUCAUGAGCGUCUUGAUUGUUGGCAUCCUCGAGCUUCUAGGUAUCAUUAUUGCUUGCUGCCUGUCAUCUUCAAUCACUGCCCAGUACCGAACCGUGUAGAGCUCUCAGUUUGUAUU